CGCCAGAGCAAGAUGGCCGACACAGCGACUACUGCCGGGGCCGGCGGCUCCGGAACGAGAUCAGGAAGUAAGCAGUCCACUAACCCUGCUGAUAACUACCAUCUGGCCCGGAGGCGAACCCUGCAAGUGGUUGUGAGCUCCUUGCUGACAGAGGCAGGGUUUGAGAGCGCUGAGAAAGCAUCUGUGGAAACAUUGACAGAGAUGCUGCAGAGCUACAUUUCAGAAAUUGGGAGGAGUGCCAAGUCUUACUGUGAGCACACAGCCAGAACCCAGCCCACACUGUCAGAUAUUGUGGUCACCCUUGUCGAGAUGGGUUUCAAUGUGGACACUCUCCCUGCUUAUGCAAAACGGUCUCAGAGGAUGGUCAUCACUGCCCCUCCAGUGACCAAUCAGCCAGUGACCCCCAAGGCCCUCACUGCAGGACAGAACCGACCCCACCCACCGCAUAUCCCCAGCCAUUUCCCCGAGUUCCCCGACCCCCACACCUACAUCAAAACUCCGACGUACCGCGAGCCCGUGUCAGACUACCAGGUCCUGCGGGAGAAGGCUGCGUCCCAGAGACGAGACGUGGAGCGGGCACUCACCCGUUUCAUGGCCAAGACAGGCGAGACCCAGAGUCUUUUCAAAGAUGACGUCAGCACAUUUCCAUUGAUCGCUGCCAGACCUUUCACUAUCCCCUACCUGACUGCUCUUCUUCCAUCUGAGCUGGAGAUGCAACAAAUGGAAGAGACGGAUUCCUCGGAGCAGGAUGAGCAGACAGACACGGAGAACCUCCCUCUUCAUAUCAGCACGUUUCAGGCACAUUGGAUCGGAGAUGCCUGCUUGACCACGUUGAGUGCCAGUGACUGUGCAAGCCUGGAGGUCAGGAGAGAGGAUGAUUCUGGAGCCGAGAAGGAGAACACAUCUGUCCUGCAGCAGAACCCCUCCUUGUCGGGCAGCCGGAACGGGGAGGAGAACGUCAUCGAUAACCCCUACCUGCGGCCUGUGAAGAAACCCAAGAUCCGCAGGAAGAAGUCCCUCUCGUGAGCUGAGAAGGAAGCCUGCCUUGUGCAGAGACGCGGACAUCACCCUCCUGGGAGAGUCAAAGCCACUCAAGGGAAGAAGAGGGUGGUUGAGCCGAGGCUGCCAGGGUGUGACUGGGCAUGAUUUUAACUGCAGACGCUCUAUUGAGAUUGACCUAUUUUCGUUGGACGUUUGGGUUGACGAAGAUACGACUGUAACAACAAGGCCUUUUUUAACCAACUGGGCCAUGCCAUGGGGCAUAGAAACGGCCGGGGACUUCAUUUAUUAUCAUGGGACUUGAUUCCUUGAAACCUGGAAGACCAGGGAAGGUGGCAGGAAAGAAAAGGCUCUGCCUGCUUUGCUCACUGCCAGAAAGACUGUUCGCUUAAUUUGUAUUUCAGGACGUCUGGACCCCUUUUAUUGACUGACAAUUUGUGGUACCAAUUUAUCCUCCUAGAAUCUCCUUCUUUCUUCUCUCCUCACCUGGGCUCCAAAUACCCUGUUGAGCUGAUCGAAGGUGAUUUUCCCUCCUUUAGCAUGUUGGGAACACAUGAAUCCUGAUCUGGGGCCGGCCGGAGUCAGAAGGUGUGAGCAGAUGCAUUCAUGUGAGGAGGAUGACACAGAAGGCAGCCCUGAUUCUCAUCUGCAUGUGAUGAAAGCUCCCUAGGGCUGGGCAGCGCCCUCUCCUGAGGGACUGAUCAUUUACUGUCCCUCUGUGGAGUGUGUGCUUGGGAUUGGCUAGGUCCUGCCCCAUCCUGGGAAGAAAGGUUUUCUUUGACAAGAGCCUACAUCAGUGGAUAUAUUAUGCUGUGACUUGAUAGAGGAAUCACCGAUUUUAAACAAGAAAAGGAUUGGGUCGGGGGGCGGCUGGGGAUGAGAUUUUGGCCUUGUGUUCUGAAAGCUGAGACACCUGGCCGCUCUGCUGAGAGGUCAGCAGCAAGGGAAGGCCACGUGCCCACUUUAUAGCAGAAGGGGGCAGAGAGGAGCCUGCAAGUCUGAAUCUGUCCAACCUCUUUGCUUCCUGGGAGAGAAGACUUCAUCCUUGAUGUGCCCUCCAAACCAAAAAAGGAAGAUGCUGGGCAGGCUGGUCUCCAAAGGAAGAGGUUUUAAAACCAAGUCUAAGGAAGAUGAAUGCCACUGACACGUUGGAGUUAACACAGGGUAAACAAAUCCGUACGGAACUUUCCUCAUACUCGGCUUCCGCAGUCAUUUCUUAACCUUCCAUCCUCUUGGUGAUUUUGAAAACUUGAAACACUUGGUGUUUGUGUCUUGACAGCAAGCUCCAUGUUCCUCUGACCUCACUGUCCUCGAAGUGCUUCAUCCCAUUGGAAGGAAAGUGCCGCUUGUCAGUAACCAAAGAGGGGAUGCUAAGUGAGAAAAUAUGAUUCCCCAACUCUGGACCAAGUAAGAGUUUUUCUGGUUUAUAGUGACCUGAAACUUACAGUUGAAAGUAGUCCAGUUGGGCCUGCGCUGACCCACUCUGAGUUUAUAAUUUUGCUUUGCUAAUUCUUGGCCUAUUGAGUUUAAAUACAGUCCCAGGUUUGAGCCAUGGCCCAUGCAGGGUGGACACUUUCCCAGCUGGCUGUUCUCACCUGCUCUCGGGAGCAGUCAGCCCAGCAGCUCUUCCUGUUACCAUCCAGAACAGACACCUGCUGAAUGCUGUUAUGCUGAGGGAUGCCGUAGGAUUUGGGAAAGAAUUGCCGUUUCUGCUGUUGAGAUCCCAGAGGCUGCACUGCUAUAAUUCUGUUCUGGAUGAGACACUGGGAGAUGUUAACCUGAAACACUGACCCGACUAUUGUUGUGUAAAAACUGUGCAUAAUCCUCAAUGUAUAUUUAUAAGCUUUUAUUUUUUUUAUAACUUUGAGGGAAUUCAUAAUACGAAAAAGCAGUAAACAGGGUCAAAUUAAGUAUGUGAUUUAUGCUCUUAAUAAAGGGUCAUAAUAAAAACUUUGUAAAUGCAACAGAA